GUAGCGCUUCCUCACCACAGAGACCCAACCAGAAGGCUUCUCAAUCCAAAUCUAAUCAAGUCGCAAGUCGCAGGGGCCUCUCGCUGGGUGCAAUGGCUUCCUCACCAGCCACAUUCACCAACGCCACUCUUCUUUCAUCUUCUUCCUCCUCCUUCAAGCCUCUUCUCAAGUUCCCACCCUUUUGGCCAUGGCAGAAGGUAAAGAUUGGCCCAAUGAGUGUGUCGCCGAUGGGAUUUGGAACGUGGGCAUGGGGGAACCAAUUCCUGUGGGGUUAUCAACCAUCGAUGGACGCUGGACUUCAAAAGACCUUCAAUUUGGCGGUGGAGAAUGGAAUCAAUCUCUUCGACACUGCUGAUUCCUACGGGACUGGCCGCCUAAAUGGGCGGAGCGAGAAGCUUCUUGGCAGGUUCAUCCGCGAGUUCCCAGGGCGAAAUGGGGUACAAGAUGACAUUGUGAUUGCUACAAAGUUGGCUGCAUAUCCAUGGCGCUUGACUCCCAGACAGUUUGUAAAUGCUUGCAAGUCCUCUCUGGCUAGAAUGCAAGUUCAGCAAAUUGGGAUAGGUCAAUUGCAUUGGUCAACUGCAAAUUAUGCUCCUUUGCAGGAGUUGUCUCUUUGGGAUGGUUUAGUGGCAAUGUAUGAGAAGGGUUUAGUUCGAGCAGUUGGUGUAAGCAACUAUGGACCAAAGCAGCUUGUGAAGAUACGCAAUUACCUCAAAGCCCGAGGUGUCCCACUAUGCUCAGCUCAGGUGCAGUUUUCUUUGCUGAGUAUGGGAGAGGAUCAGAUGGAGAUAAAAAAUAUAUGUGAUUGUUUGGGUAUCCGCUUAAUUUCUUACAGUCCUCUAGGACUUGGGAUGCUUACCGGAAAAUAUACACCAUCUAAAUUGCCACAGGGGCCUAGGGCUCUAUUAUUCAGCCAAAUUCUUCCAGGAUUGGAGCCUUUGUUGAAUUCAUUGACAGAAGUUGCCCAAAAAAGGCGCAAAACCAUACCUCAAGUUGCUAUAAAUUGGUGCAUUAGCAAGGGUACCAUUCCUAUCCCUGGAGUUAAGACAAGAAAACAAGCAGAAGACAAUUUGGGAGCCCUCGGUUGGCGCCUCAGCUCAGAUGAGUUGACUCAGUUAGAACUUGCAGCACAGGCAGCUCCACGGAAGAUGAUCCAAAACAUUUUCCAGACAAGGUGAAACAUCAUACUUUAUGACACGAUUAUUUUUAGAGGGAAUGAAGUCUCAAAACGCUCGGAAUGACAAAAAUGUUUUUCUGCUUUUGUUUUCUUCCGGCUUCAAAUGUACAGAUGAAGUUUGGAAAAGCAGAUAGGGGAAAAUGAUUGGAGAUGAUCUGCCUAGAGCUGUGAAAAAAUAAGAAAGGGUAAUGCAAGUUUUAGGAUGCAAAAGAAUAUGUCGAGUGAUUGGCAAUUUUUGUUUUUGGAUAGAUGUAUAUCCCUUGUUGCAGUUAAUGAAAAUUUUCUUUUAUUUUUUCUUUUUAAA